GAGCUUUCCCUGUCCCACGACCGGCGCCUGCUCUGCCGCGUGGGUGCGGACGGCAGGUGCGUGUGCUACUCCUGCGACAACGCGCGCCCGGAGCUGCGCCUGGCCACGUUGGUGGCGGAGCAGGUGGACCAGUGCGUGUGGCAGCAAAUCCCCGCGGAGACACAGGUGCAACUGUCGACUCACUCGCUGUCGGAAUACCCUGGUGUGGCCUGCCUGGUGGCGCUGCACCGCAGCAACGCCGCGCUCAGCUUCUGCCGCUUCGUGGGCCUCGACUCCGAGGUGAGGGACCUCCCGGCGCAGUUGGCGGACGACGCGGAGCGCUUGGAGCACGGGGCGCCAUUGCUGACGUGGUCCGAAGAGGAGUCAGCCUCGGCGGGCCCCGUGAGGCACACCGUGCCGCUGGUCCCUUUGCUGCGGCUGUUGCCCGCCUGCCGCGAGCACCUGGCCGCCGCCGCCCGGGCAGCGGGCGAUGAGGAGGACUCAGGUGAGGGCGUGAACGACGCGCGGGGUGCGGAGUUUGAGGGGGAGGAGUCUGCCCUGCGGACCUGCCAGAAGCUCCAGGUCCGCAUCAGCGUGGCGUCCGCACAGACCCUGGUGCUGAUCCUGGAUGAUGCGGUGGCCACGGCACAAGGCUCAGAGGAAGCGACCGAAGACGCUUAUUGGGCCAUUUGA